UUGAUAUCCUGUUUUGCUUAAUUUCGAGUAUGAUGACAAAGCAUUUUUUAGAAACAAGGCAUCACAUGGUUUAAUUGUGCUCGAACAGUUUCUCGUGCCGUUAAUUGUGAGGCUCGAAAAUUGGCUGUGAAACUGUGACAUUUGCAGCUCCAUGGGCCAUUUAUGGGACUUGGAGACAAUAAUUAUCCCUGCGCGUCCAUUUUCCUUGGAUAACAAACUCUGUUUAUGCUAUAAUCGAUUUACUUUGUAAUUGAAAAAGUUACGAUACAAACUCAUAAGUUCCUGUGGUUACGUAAAAAAAGUGAUAAUAAUAAAAAACAUAACUUGAUGACACGAAUUGUGAAGAAUAACUGCAUGUUCGAUGCAGCAACUGCAUUAUGAGACAUUACGUGCCCUCGUCAAUUCGAUAUCACAUUCUCGUUAUUUUCAUAGCACAUACUUAGUUUUCUCAUUCUAUACGGAGCUAAAAGGUCACUUUUUACGGCACGCUCUCGAACUUUUAAUAUCAUUUUACGAAGAUGAAAAACGUUAACUACGCACCUGUCACUAGACGGAGAGACAUGAUCGUCGUACCACGAGAAAAGAAGAAAGAUUUUUUUCGUCGUAGAAUACCAAUCAUCGCAUGGUUGCCGCUCUACACAUGGAGCCAAUGCCUUCAAGAUGCUCUCGCCGGACUCACCGUCGGUCUAACCGCGAUUCCUCAGGGCAUCGCUUAUGCCGUUGUCGCAGGAUUGCCUCCACAGUAUGGGCUGUACAGUGGAUUCAUGGGCUGCUUCGUCUACUUGAUAUUCGGUAGUUGUAAGGACGUAACGGUAGGACCGACAGCGAUAAUGGCAUUACUGGUACAGCCCUACGUCACGAAGAAUAACGAGGAUUUCGCGGUGCUCAUGUCCUUUCUGAGCGGCUGUGUGAUCACAGCGAUGGGAAUAGUUCGGCUUGGUUUUUUAGUCGAUUUUAUUAGUAUGCCAGUUAUUUGUGGCUUCACAAAUGCAGCCGCGUUGAUAAUAGCGUCGUCGCAAAUUGGCACGCUGUUGGGCAUUAAAGGUCGCAGCGAGACUUUCAUCGAUGCCAUUAUAAAGCUUUUUCACAAUAUCAAAAAUGUGGCUCUUUGGGACAGUGUUCUCGGUGUCUUUUGCAUGGUUAUUCUGGUUAUCUUCAAACAUUUGCCCCAAAAUCGGAAUGGCACAUUGUUACAAAAGUGCAUGUGGCUAAUUUCACUCGGACGGAACGCAAUCGUCGUCGUUACAGGAAUACUGUUGGCUUACCUACUUUCAAUUAACGGACACGCGCCUUUCACGAUAAUCGGAAACAUAACUGGAGGCUUACCACCAUUCACACCACCACCAUUUUCUACCGUUAUCGGUAAUGCUACAUACAAUUUCAAAGACAUGUUCGACGAACUUGGGGCAAGUUUGGCAACAGUACCACUGAUUUCGAUACUCGAGAGCAUAGCGAUAGCGAAAUCUUUUGCCAAAGGAAGGUCGGUGGAUGCUAAUCAGGAGAUGCUGGCAUUGGGCUUUUGCAAUUUGGCCGGAAGUUUCGUAAGAUCGAUGCCCACUACCGGAAGUUUCACUAGAACAGCCGUGAACUAUGCUUCCGGCGUUAAAACUCCUAUGGGGGGCAUAGUGACAGGUGGGCUCGUACUUCUUGCUUGUGGACUUCUGACGUCGACGUUCAAAUUCAUACCGAAAACGUCGCUUGCCGCUGUCAUCAUCGUGGCCAUGUUCUACAUGCUCGAAUUUCAUAUUUUCGGAGUGUUGUGGCGUACGAAAAAAAUCGACGUUCUCCCAUUCGCUGUAACACUCGUAACGUGCCUCGUAUGGAGUUUGGAUUACGGAAUGGCAGUCGGUAUUGUGCUGAAUCUUCUAUUAUUACUCUAUUCCACCGCAAAGCCCGGACUUAAAAUAGAAGAGAAAACAGUUGCUCGGACAAACCUAUUGUUGGUCUCGCCGCAACAAUCGUUGAGCUUUCCCGCUGCCGAGUAUUUAAGAGAAACUGUUAUGUCCUGGUGCGAUGGACGAGAAGGCGCGAUACCAGUUGUCGUCGAAGGAGCUCACGUGCACAGUAUAGACGCCACAGUCGCUAAAAAUUUGAGGAUCCUUCAACUCGACUUGGAAAGUCGGAGUCAAAGACUGGUGUUUUGGAAUUGGGGCGAGGAGGCAAAAGCGACGUUGACCAGAUACGACAAUUCGCUGUCCCGGAGCUUCGUCACGAGCGAAAGUCUUGAAACUAUUUUCACCGACGAAAGCUGCAGCCAGCCGAAGGAGAUUUGCGAGGUGAGGACCAUGUGAAGCAGCAGCCUCCGUUUAUUUGGUAAAAUAUCUUCGCUCCUGAUCGAAUUGUUCGUGAAACGAAGAUCGUUGUAAUACGAUUAUACGAACAGCUGUUUUGGUGUUCUCGAUUGGUGUCGAAAAACAUCAAAGUUCAUUGUAAAUAUUUCUGAAUUGUAAAAGAACCCAUGAAAAUAGUCAAAAGCUGACGUUCACAUAGAUUAAGUUUGCAUAUUUUGUUAAGCCAAUGACUUGCGAUGUCAUUUCACUAAUUCGUGAAAGAUGAAAAAAACAAAUUUUAUAUUUUCUGAGCAUCACCGCUAUGAAAUGAGGCACGAAAUAAAUGUGCAGGUAUUCGUCAAAUUAGGCUUUUGUUUUUUGAAAACAAGAUCUUGAACGUAAAUACACAGAAUUGUGGUUUUUCCCAAAAGUUGUGAUACAUUUUUUUUGUUUCUGUCCGUUCAUAGCCAUGUCUUAAAUAAUAAUCUGUCGAUGGAAGUUGAACAAGUUUUAUAGAAUAUAGUUUUUUUAAGGAAGAAACCAAUCGUAAGGUUUUUGCAUUCUUCUGUUUUCCAAGCAUUGUAUUAGCAUUUAUUUUUACAUCGAUAUACAUAUAUGUACAAACCGUUUACGUAUUCACAAUCCUACAAACUUAUUUUCGAAAUAAAUGUACAGUGUUCGUUAUAA